AAAGAUUUAGCGGAUAAGAUAAAAGCUUGGAGUACUUGUAUAUAUAAGAAUAAUAUUCCAGAGGCUGUGAGUUCAGAUACCUUGUAGAUCACAGUAGAAUAGCAGCUGGAAUGUUUCCCACUUGGCUAACAGAGGAGUACAUUCAGAUAGCCCUUCGGGGCUAUUAUAAGGAUACUCAACUUUGCGUCCUGAAAGUCUGGGCCAAGCCAGCGACCGAAAAAGGGGAAAAUUAUGUUGGUGUGAUGACACGCAUCUACGUGGACUUUGAGCUUGCAGACGGUGGGUUGCAAAAGAAGUCCUUUAUUCUGAAACAAGGAGUGCCACCGGAUGCCCCCCAGGCCGAUCUCUUUGCAGAGUAUGAUGUCUACAACAGAGAGCUGGAAAUGUACGAUGUUGUUUUACCAAAAAUGUCGGCGAUUCUCCGAGAGGCAAAUUUCAAUGAGAAGUUGAUGGCAGAUGCCAUCGUAGUGGAUCGGAAACGAACGAUUAUGAUUCUCGAGGAUCUGGCACCGCUCCACUACACGAAUGCAGACAGAGUGAAGCAAUUAGACAUUGUCCACACAAAACUAGUCCUCGAUAUGCUGGCGAAGUUUCAUGCGGCUGCCAUAAUUCUUGAUCAACGAGAACCACAACUUUUGCGAAGAAAUUAUAAUAGCCAUUUCUUUUCGAGAGAGAAAAAAGGGUACGAGGAAGUUUUUGUUGGCCUGUUCAAAGCUUUCAUAAGAUACGUAAAGAACCAGCCAAUUUUGUGGGAUCGCUAUGGAAAAAAAUUGGAACACACUAUUUCCCAUUUGAUGGAGUAUGCCGCCAAAUCUGUGGAUGUCACCGAAAAGGACUUUCAGACGCUAAUUCACGGAGACUGUUGGACCACAAAUGUAAUGUACCAGUACGAUGACGAAGGAAAUCCCACCACGGUUCUGCCCAUCGACUUUCAGUUUAGUUCCUGGACACAUCCUACUGUUGAUUUGCAUUAUUUCUUCAGCACAUCGUUAAAGACUGAUGUAAAGGAAAGAGAAUCUGAGCUGGUGCAAUAUCAUUUCUACUCCUUAAAACGGACUUUGGAGGCACUUUCCUAUAAGGGAUAUAUUCCCAGUUUGUUUGAAUACCAGCUGCAAUUCGAGAGAAGGAGAUUUUUAAGUGUUGUGAUUGCCAACGUAUUUCAACCAAUCAUGGUGUACGAAGGCUGCGAGGAUCCAGAAUUCGUAAAUCUGUACCAAGAUACUCCACAAGGCAUAAGGUUCCAAGACUCCAUGUAUGAGAGUAAAGAGAUUCAAAGACGCAUCGAAGAAAUUUUACCCAUCCUUGAUUCGAAAGGAUUCCUGGACGCGCACUAAUAAUGAAAGGCUGUCUUUAUGAAAAUAAUAUUUUAAUAAACAAACACAUAGAAUAAACAAGAAGGAUCUACAAGGGACUCAACUACCAGUCAGAAAGCGGCAAAUCUUGUCAAGGAAUUUUAACAACCCCCGGCCCAGUGUGCAGAGCUUUUCAACCCCCGGCUCCAGUGAUAAGAAAGCUCCGCACAGCUGAUAUUCCAAAACAAAGUCGGUGGCAAAGGUCCGCUGGCUGAUGGUGCGUUCAGUCGGGACCUGGGUGCCACGCGGCGUAUAAGCAACGCGCACACUGCCGAGCAAAGGGUAACGUCCGACAAAUCCACUAGAAGAAAAACCUAUAAAGCAAGGGACGCGCACCAAAAGCCAACAGAUGGUCGCUGACGGUGCACGAGUUUGGUUAUCGGAGAUCAGUGAACUGACAAACUAAACACUGAAAAUCUGAAAAUGUAAUAAAAAGGCGUGAAGUGAAAGAAAAAAUAUAAUUAAAAUUCUGCGGCAAAUUAAUCCAAAAUUUUUUACGUAAUUUAAACGAAACGUGAGGUCGUCGUAAUUUUAAAUUCUGCGUAGUAUGUGAAAACGUUUUGUAUUUGUGUUUUUCCCCCUCAAUGAUGUGCCACCAUUAAAAUGUUGAAGGCGUGAAAAUUGUGCACAGUUCGCCGGAGUCCCGACAUUCACAUUUACGGCUCCACGGAAUUUGCUCCGUAAGUGGUCCACGGAAAUUCGCUAAUAGCCGCCGGACGCUCG